GCCACAACCAAAAUAGCUGACGCAGCAGGGAAGCUAUCUGCAACUAACUGGGAAGACAAAUUCCAAGCCAACUUCGACAGGAUCUGCGCAGCAUUCUGGAGCCGGAUUGCAUCCCAUGCUGAGCAGACGCAGAUGCAUACGAUCCCUGCUACAGAGCUCAAGACAGCAGUCCCAACCACAAAGCACUCAUCAGAGCCGGAGACUCAUCUGGCGAAAAGCCCUCACCAUCCAGCACAUCCCCCUGCACGAGUGAACAACACUGUUGUCCUGGCCACUCGCCCUUCUUCUGGGCUAGGCUGGACGUUUCUCUCCUUUGCCAACCAUACACCCAGGGGGACGACUGGGACCCGGUGUAAUGUUGGGCCCACAAUCCUGAUAAUGGGAUCAAUA